GUUGCAUGAGGCUGCGCCCUACUCACCUACCUCCCGUAUGCGGUGUUUACUUAUUCGAUGGCUGGCAUCCUGUUCAAUGUGUGGCACACUAUUCAAAGCGCGGCAUUCUAUUCGAUAUGUGGCACCCUUUUGAAUCUUUGGUUGCUAUUGCGCAGAGUCAAACAAGAAGUACUCGACACAUUGACGCCCUGCCAUCUUGCUCUGAAUCUGUCUUCUCUGUUUUCAGCACUUCUCCUGGCGUUCAAAGCCUUUAAUUGUUUCUUUACUUAUCUACUUUGAUGAACUAAGUUACCCAUGUCAUCACGAUGAGGCUGCUCCAGAAGGACGCUCUUGGACGUUUCGUUAGCCAUGAAUGGCUAACAAACUUUCCUGAAUAUGUUGCUCUUUCGCACACCUGGCUUAGUGAUAAGGAUGAGAUCAAAUACGAGGACAUUGUCAACGGAACCGCAGACCAGAAGUUUGCCAGCUACAAAAAGGUCGAAUUCUGCGCUAAGCAAGCUGCUAUGGAUGGCUACAAAUACUUCUGGAUCGAUACGUGCUGCAUUGACAAAACGUCAAGUGCCGAAGUGCAGGAGGCAAUUACAGCCAUGUUCCGAUGCUAAGGAGGAUGCAGAGCAGCUAAGCUUGUCACGGCCAUGGGAAGGAGCCUUUCGCCGAAGCAAAUGGUUCACUCGAGGCUGGACUUUACAAGAACUUUUGGCUCCUGCGAUUGUUGAGUUCUACUCUGCCGAGGGCAUACUUCUAGGCGACAAACUAUCUCUGAAGCACAUUAUCCACGAAAUCACUGGUAUACCUGUUCAAGCGCUGGAAGGGGACGACUUGUCGAAGUUUAGUGUUUCCGAACGGCUUUCCUGGGCCAAGCAAAGGCACACGACGCGUGUUGAGGACCAAGCCUACUGUUUACUUGGCAUCUUCGAAAUAUAUAUGCCGCUCAUAUACGGCGAGAAUGGGCACGCAACUAUCCGGCUACAGCAAGAGAUCGAGAAAAAAUACUCGGAGCUUGAUAAGUGGGACCAACUACUUGAAAGCCUACCUGUUGCUCCUCAAGCAGCUUUCAACUCGCUAGACAAUCAGCAUGGGCCGACAUGUCUUACAAAUACUAGAGUUGAGCUGCUCCAAGAUCUCCUGGAAUGGGCAGAUGGGACGGACGACAAAUGUAUUUACUGGCUCAAUGGCAUUGCGGGCACGGGAAAGUCCACUGUAGCGCGUACAAUUGCCAGAGCAUUCCACGAAAAAGAUAUCCUAGGUGGCAGCUUCUUCUUCUCAAAGGGAGGAGGCGAUGUCAGUCGUGUCAAUUUGCUUUUCACAACUCUCGCUUGUCAGCUGGCGAGUCGAGUCCCGUCUGCCAAACGCCAUAUCUGUGAAGCUAUCAUGGCGAAUAAAGACAUCGCGGAACACUCUCUUCGAGACCAGUGGGACCAGUUGAUCAUCAAUCCUCUUGGAAAAGCUGAAGGCCUCGAAAUCAACAAUAUCAUUAUCGUGCUUGAUGCGUUGGACGAAGUGGACAAUGAACGAGAUAUUCGCAUUAUUCUUAGGCUUAUGUCCACCGCGAGGGUACUACGACAUCUUCGCCUGCGUGUCUUCGUUACGAGUCGACCCGAGAUACCAAUCCGAUACGGCUUUUCGCAGAUCCCGGAGGCGGAGAGGCAAGUGUUCUUCCUUCACGAUAUCUUGCCCACAUUGGUCGAUCGCGAUCUCAAUUUGUUUUUCCAGCAGAAUCUUGCUGCGAUUGGAGAGGAACGAGGUUUGGCUAUGGACUGGCCAGGCUCCAGAACUAUUGCACGCCUCGUAGAGAUCUCACACGGUCUCUUCAUUUGGGCUUCUACUGCCUGUCGCUAUAUUCGUGAAGGCAAGCGUUUUGCCGUGAAACGGCUCGAGACCCUCAUCAAAGGUCGCCAUUCAGGUGCGGGCCCUGAGAAGCAACUUGACGCAAUUUAUACCACUGUGUUAGAAGAUUUGAUUCAAAAGGAUUUUGAAGAAGAAGAGAAGCAGAUUGUGCGUGGGACAAUAAAAGAGGUGGUCGGAGGCAUCAUCACUCUAUUCUCACCCCUUUCUGCAGCCUCUCUCGCAAACUUGCUCGACCGAGAAGUCGACGAGAUCGACGAGACGUUGGCAGACUUACAUACAAUCUUCAACAUCCCGAAUGAAAGAGUUCGUCCGAUCCGCUUGCAUCAUCCAACGUUUCGCGACUUCCUUGUUGAUCAGAACCGUUGCAAGAAUUUAGAUUUCUGGGUUGACGAGAAGAUGGCGCAUAAUGCCCUAGCAGAUAAUUGCAUUCGAAUCAUGCGCAAGAUGCUCAAACGGGACAUUUGUGACCUCAAAUCUCCCGGGACUCUGGCGGUGACCGUGGACCAGUCCUGUAUAGAGCAGUGCAUUCCUGCGGAACUUCAGUAUGCAUGUCUCCACUGGGCUCAGCAUUAUCGACAAAGCGGAGUACUUCUAGGAGAGGACGACACGCCAUACUCUUUUCUGAAGGAACACUAUCUUCAUUGGCUUGAAGUAAUGAAUCUCAUUGGCAAGAGCUCAGAGGUAGCUGCAAUUAUCCGCAUGUAUCAAGCUCUCCUCGUAGACAAAGACAAUGCGAGACAGCUAUCAUUCUUGAAGAAUGCACGAACGUUGUUCUUCUCUUUUCAAUCAGUCAUGGAGCGGACGCCGUUACAGAUCUAUUGCGCAGCGCUUGUCUUCCUUCGCCCCUCGAAUGAGUUGAAGCACCACUUUUGGAAUGAGCUACAUCCAUGGUUGAAGCAAGUGCGGAUUGUUGACGCUAUUGCUCCAGAAGCAAAGGACGAGUACAUGUUCGUGAAUGACUUAGCCUUUAGUCCUGACGGAAAGCAGAUUGCGUCAGCAUCCAUUGGUCCAGUAGUACGAGUAUGGGAUGUCGAGUCAAAGACUGCUCUAUUCGUGUAUGAUGGUCAAAAAGACAAGACAGGUACAGUGGCGAUCUCACCGAAUGGGAAGAUGAUUGCAUCGGGCUCUGACGAUGCCUCUGUGAUGGUUUGGAACACAGAAACACGAGCUAUACUGUUCAAUCUAGAAGGCCACACUAGAUGGGUGAACACGGUCGUCUAUUCUCCGAAUGGACAAAUCAUCGCAUCAGGAUCGAUGGAUGAAACAAUCCGCCUGUGGAACGCUUCCAGCGGGGCGGAGCUCAGAAUUCUCCAAGGAAAUUUGUCUUGUAUCAACGCUAUUGCGUUCUCCCCAGAUGGCAAGUCUCUUGCAUCUGCCACCUUUGACUGGCUGGUACGCAUUUGGGAUCUUUCCAGGAGCGACGUUCAGCUCAUACUUGAUGGGCAUUCGGGUCCGGUGAACACCGUUAGGUUCUCCCCAGAUGGCAAUCAGGUGGUAUCCGGAUCGGAUGACAUGACCGUCAAAGUAUGGAAUCUUACUUCAGGAACGGAGUCGAUCACUCUGAAGGGACAUCUUAAGAAGGUCUCGGCUGUUACAUUCUCACCAGAUGCUCGCCGGAUAGUUUCCGGGUCGGAAGACAAGACCGUACGGGUGUGGGACGUUAGCCAAAGAACUCUCCUGAGCACCCUCGAACAUAACAGUGGCAUAAACGCAGUUUGCUAUUCGCCAAACGGGCAUUUACUUGUAGCAGGCGCUUAUAAUGACGAACUCCGCCUCUGGGACGCAGGGACUGGAGAGUCGAAGGGCAAACUAGCAGAUUUUGUUCCUCAACAACUUGGAUCUAGCGCGGUCGAGAAAGAUGCUGAGCUUGUGCCCAAUUCUCUUGACGCUACAAGAGACUAUGGCAAGGCACAUGGAAGUGCGGUGCUCUGUCUAACUUUAUCAUCAGACCAACUGCUUGUGGCGUCAGGGUCACAAGACUCUGACAUUAAGGUGUGGACCAAGGCCGGUAUGGAGCAAGCAAAACUAGUUGGGCAUUCAGGGCGUAUCACGCGGUUGAGCUUUCACCCCAACGGCCAUAUGCUUGCCUCCGCUUCUGUAGAUUCAACCGUAAGCUUGUGGAAUGUUUCGACUGGUGUCAUGCUACAUAGCCUCAGAGGUCAUACCGACGGAGUUCAGGAUAUACAAUUCUCAUCGGACGGUAAUCUGCUUGCAUCAUGCUCAGCGGAUAAGACAAUCAGGCUGUGGGACACACUUUCAGGCGCAGCAAUGGAUCCACUUGAGGGCCAUGCAGACACUGUUACACGCAUCGUUUUCUCGCCGGAUGGCUGCCUCCUUGCAUCCUGCUCAGCAGACACUACCGUUCGAUUGUGGGAUGUGAAGACCGCAGCCUCGCCAUCAAGGGGCCAUGAAGAUAGCAUCAAUAUCGUGACCUUCACGGCAGAAGGCGAUCUAGUUGCCUCCAGUUCAAUUGACACAAUUGUCAGGCGCUGGUCUAUGGAUGACACGGCGGGUGGCACCAUCGGAGAGUACGAAGUCAAUUCGGUGGCCUUCUCGCCAGAUGGAAAACUGCAAGUAUCGAAUGGUACGGUAAGAUUGUGGGAAUGCGAAAUGAAGGUUGAGCGAGCCGAAGUCGAUAUUCCUGUGAGUCUCCAUGAUGUAGGCUUCUCUGCUGGCCUCUAUGCCGAGACCGAUCAUGGUACUCUGCUCGUGAGCCCUCCUGUUUCGGGUAUCUUUUCACUUUCGCUGGAUGAAGGAUGUACAAGCUCCGUUACCGAAGACUGGGUUAUGAAGGAGAAAGAGAACGCGCUUUGGCUACCAGAAGAGUAUCGGGCAACCAGCGUGGCCACGUGUGGAAGCUUCACAGUCUUGGGCCAUCCAUCAGGCAGUAUCUCCUUCAUUUCAUUUCAUUGAUAUCAUCUCGUUCUACACAUAUGAUACUCUCAAUAGUACGGAAUGGGACAAGUUUGGUUGAAGCUGGAAUCUCUAUUAGCUGAAAGAGCAUGGAUCCGGAGUCGCGUUAAUCAAGACUCUCUUGCGGCUUCACUGAGUGCAGAAAACUUGAAAGAACAAAUUGGAGUUAUCCAAUACUCUCCUGCCCUGCCUAAAAUUUAGCGAGCUAUACGGAAGCCUCUUCUGAACGUGUGAGACUACAGGAGGUUAAAGUCCUAGGGAGCCUUGUAAGGGCUACCUAGUACAUUUAAGGGAACAUGCUCUCCAUGAAAUCCAAGUAGAUGCUAGCAAACUCGUCCUCAUGCUUCAAUUUUUCAUUUCACGGUAAGCGCCUUGCUUUCCUAGCGGUUGGCGUCCGCUAGAAUCCUUUUCAAGAUGAUGUUGUACCUGUUGCGUGCAAGCUUUCUGCCCCAAAGUCUGGAAGAUGUGCAGAGACAUUCGUCUGAGGUGUGUUCUAUUUAGGCGCCAAGUUCCAACACAAUCAUCCAGUUGGCCAUUUACGGGUCACACAGGAAUCAGGGGUCUGUUCAGCGGCCUCCGGCGGUCUUUUGUGUUUGAAUCGAAGUAACCAAACCUACUCAUUCAUUAAUCUUCGGCGAGGACUCACAAUGCUGAUAGAGGACCUACUUAAACACUUUGAUUCAUGACUUCGGAUGGGAAUAAUGGCAACUCAAGCUGAUCUCUCAGAGGGUGCAGGAUCAUGUAUAAAAGAGCAUCGGCAACGCUCCCUCUUUGUGUUUUCAAGUUGCCCCAAAAAUAAUCAAGAAAGUAACGAACAUCUGAAGAACCACCUUCCAAGAAAAUUACCAAGAUAGAUAUCUUACAGGGAUACAUACAGUGCCUCUUUCAGGUAACGAAUAAUAUCUUAGUGGCCUGCGUAUUCAGCAUUCCCGUUAGACCACCUCAGGCGGAAAUUCCAGCUUCAAGACCUCGAGACAACCACUCAUGGCAAACACACCUCAACACAUCUCAUUGGACCAAGGCCAAUAUCCCGGCCAAGGAAUAAUCAAUGUCGGAACCUCGAGACAACCACCCGUGGCAAACACACCUCGAUACAUCUCAUUGGACCAAGGCAAAUAUCCCGGCCAAGGAAUAAUCUACUUCCCCCAGCAGCCACAGGAAGCUGUACCUGCCCCACGCUUUUAUAUCGGCAACCGCGUGCACCCUAAUUACAUGGUGGCAACAAAUACAAAUCCAAACUCAACCUGGUAUGACCAGGGUGCGAGAUUGGCGGGCUUCCCAUGCUGUGGUAGUCGGUGGAUUACCGCCCAGCAGUACUCCACUCACUUGAGAGCUGCUCAUGGUAUAAAGCACUACUUCGGGUAGUUUAGGACUGGUGGAGCUGGACUAGUAGACAUAUUACAAUAUAUGGCGUUGAAAUCA